AUGGCGUCCAACAGCGGCACCAACGCCCAACCCACCUCCUCCACCAUCGACCCGACGGCAGCAGGCCCCGCACGAUCAAGAGGAGCCUCCGUCUCGAGCCAGAACGUCGCCCACCAACACCGCCCCUCCGUCCCCUCCCGCCUAAGCCAAGCGCACCAGCCCCCCUCCUCCCCCGACGAGCCCUUCCACUUCCCCCGCCCCGACCACGAUACCCUUCCCGAAGUGUCUGAAACCGGUAUCCACCCCUUCGCGCAAGACUGGGCCAGCAUCUCCUCCGACCCCUCCGACACGAAAGUGCAAGGCGAGAUCGAAGACUCCCCAGAUCCACCCACCGCGCAGACGAAGCUGCUGGGGGAUGGGCAGAAGUAUCACGUCCCGCAUAAGUGCGGGCACUACAAUUGUAAUCAUGGCGCGUUCUCGCCGCGGCCGAGGUAUGGGAGGGGGUAUGGGAGUAUAGCGAGUUCUUUCGACGGCUCGGCGAUGGGGCAAGACGACAGAAGUCAAGAUGGGUAUGGCGGGACGCUGCCUGCUGAGCCCGCGGAUAUGGAUGACCGCUCAUACAUUGAAGGCAGCGUCGGGAACGCGGUGACGGAUGGGUUGCUGGGCAAGCCCGGGAAGAGAAGUACGACGCAUUGGCUCGCGAGGCGGCAUGGGGUGCGGCAUGAGCGGUGGAUGUACUUUCUCUACUACGUGCCGGGGAUCAAUUGGAUGCGGCAGUAUCGUGCUUCCUACCUGACGGGGGAUCUGACUGCGGCGCUGACGAUGGCGUCGUUCUACAUCCCCAUGUCGUUGUCUUAUGCCAGCAAUCUGGGUCAUGUGCCGCCGAUCAACGGCCUGUACACGUUCGUGUUCAAUCCGCUGAUCUACGCUUUGCUGGGGACCUGCCCGCAAAUGGUCGUCGGCCCCGAAGCCGCCGGCUCCCUGCUCACCGGCUCCGUCGUCAAAGAAGCCAUCAAGCGCGGCACGCACUACGAACACGAAGACCAGAAACACGCCCAAGUCGCCGGCAUGGUCACGGGGCUGGCGGGGGGCAUUAUCCUGCUCGCCGGGCUCUGCCGGUUGGGCUUCCUGGACGGCGUCCUCUCCCGCCCGUUUCUGCGAGGCUUCAUCUCGGCCAUCGGAAUCGUCAUUCUAGUCGACCAGCUCAUCCCCGAAAUGGGCCUCAACACCGUCGCCAAAGGUUCCCAAGCCGCUUCGCACGGUAGUAGCCUUGACAAGAUUUUGUUCUUGUUCCGCCACGGCCAUGAAGCGCAUAAGCUGACCUGCAUUGUGUCCUUCACCACCAUCGCCAUCGUCAUGGUCAUGCGUGAGCUCAAGCGCCGACUCCAGCCGCGCACGCCUUGGGUGGCGUAUAUCCCCGACCGCUUCGCCGUUGUCGUCCUUUCCGCGGUCUUUGCGUGGAAGUUCGACUGGGAGAGCAAGGGGUUGGCGUUGAUGGGCGAUAUCCGCUCCAAAGGGAGGCCUUUCGAAGUCCACUCGCCGUUUGUCGAGGACAACUUCAAACACGUCGACGACGCGUUCAGCACGGCCUUUAUCAUCGCGCUACUCGGCUUCUUCGAAAGCAGCGUCGCGGCCAAGAGUCUCGGUGCCAGCAGCGGUGGUAAAACUACCAGAACAGUGAAAGAUAAAGAUGGCAACGAAGUCGAGGAAGCCGAUGGGUUGAAGGACAUGCCCCUCUCCGCGAACCGCGAGCUCGUGGCGCUGGGAGUGGCGAAUUUGUUCGGCGGCUUGUUCAUGGCGCUGCCUGGGUUCGGGGGGUAUGGGCGGAGCAAGGUGAAUGCGAGCACGGGGGGCCGGACGCCGAUGAGUUCGGUCUUCUUGUCGCUGAUUACGAUUGUGUGCAUUGAGUUUUUGAUGGAGUACUUUUAUUAUAUCCCGAAAGGCACCCUCUCCGCCAUGAUCACCAUCGUAGCCUACUCCCUCAUCGAAGAAGCGCCCCACGACAUCCACUUCUUCUGGCAGAUCUCCGGCUACUCCGAACUCUUACUGAUGCUGCUCAUCUUCACCACCACUUUCCUCUGGAACCUCAAAAUCGGCAUCGCCGUCGGCAUCGGCCUGUCCCUCCUCCGCCUCUUACGCCACUCCACGCGCCCGCGGAUCCAGAUUCUGGGGCGUGUGCCGGGGACGCAGGAGUUUGAAAAUGCGGAGCAUGAUGGCGUGGAGAUGGUGCCGCAUUGUCUGAUCAUCAAAGUCCCUGAACCGCUUACCUUCGCCAACACGGGGAGUUUGAAGGACCGCCUCCGCCGACUCGAGGACCACGGCACAGGCGCCGCGCAUCCCGCCUUACCCAAAGUUCGGCGGAAGGAGCACAACAAGAACGUCAUCUUCGACGUCCACGGCGUUACGUCCAUGGAUCCCGCAGCGGCGCAGGUGCUGUUGGAGAUUGUGCAGGCGUAUGUGGAGAGGGGCACGAGCGUGUUUUUCUGCCGGGUCCCCGGGAGAAGGACGGAGGUGUGGCGGUUGAUGGGCGUGAGUGGGAUUGUGGAGUGUUGCGGCGGCGAGGGACGGUUUUUGCGGAGUGUGGAUGAGGCGUUGAGGGCGACGGAGCGAGAAAGUACGUUGAACUUUGGUUCCUACGAAGGGGACGUGGAGGCGGAGGGGGAGAGCGGUGAUGGGAUUCGCUCGCCGGGGCGUCCGGUGAGGCGGAGCGUGGAUGGGGGGGAUGAGCAGGGGAGGGGGAAUGGUUGA